AUGCUCGUAUUUGAACUGUAUGAUCGCGAUAUGUCUCGAGUAGCUAAUUCUUCAGUUUCGAAUAGCCAAAAUUUACCGUGCUGUAGGGAUACCAACUCUGGUUCAGCUUGUCGAUUAAUGUAUUCGCAAAGUGAAAUCGACUUCAAAACUCGAUGUAGUACAGAGCCAGAUUUUAGCUUAGUUGGCUGCUGUAAAACCUGCAACCUUUUGGGGAUACCGUUUAGAGAACGAGCUGCAAAGUUUUUCACCGGUAAAAAUGCCAGCUUACACUGCUUCGAUCGAAUGUCCUCAAACUUUUGCUCAAAACUAGAAAACAGUAAGGAUAUAUGGUCGUCAAAAAAAUGGUCUUGCGAUACAUCACAGUCGCUGAUUGCUUUUAGGGUCUGUCGAGCAACUUGUGGCUUCUGUAAUUUAGACUGGAAAAAUGCUCCAGAAGCAAAUGGUUGCUGA